UUCUUGCCCUUCAUCUCGACUACAAGUUCCACGGAGCAGCUGGAGGACGGUUGCUUAGUAUUAUUAACAAGCGGGAAGUAUGGCGGUGGCGCGCGUGGAUGCGGCUUUGCCUCCUGGAGAAGGAUCAGUGGUCAAUUGGACAGGGCAGGGCCUUCAGAAAUUAAGUGCAAACUUACCCUGUGAUGCAGAUAUUCAUACUUUGAUUCUGGAUAAAAAUCAGAUUAUUAAAUUGGAAAAUCUUGAGAAAUGCAGACAAUUAAUACAGUUGUCAGUGGCUAACAAUCGGCUGGUACGGAUGAUGGGUGUGGCCAAACUGACCCAACUCCGGGUGUUAAAUUUGCCUCACAAUAGCAUUGGAUAUGUGGAGGGGCUAAAAGAACUAGUACAUUUGGAGUGGCUGAAUUUGGCAGGAAAUAAUCUCAAGGCCAUGGACCAAAUCAAUACCUGCGCAGCCCUACAGCACCUCGAUUUGUCAGACAAUAACUUAUCCCAGAUAGGUGAUCUGUCUAAAUUGAUGUCACUGAAGACCCUGCUUUUACAUGGAAACAUCAUCACCUCUCUUAGAAUGGCACCGGCUUAUCUACCCAGAAGUCUCGCCAUCCUUUCUUUGGCAGAAAAUGAAAUUAGGGAUUUAAAUGAGAUCUCUUUUUUGGCAUCUUUAACGGAAUUGGAACAGUUGUCGAUCAUGAGCAAUCCUUGUGUGAUGGCAACACCUUCCAUCCCAGGGUUCGACUAUCGGCCGUACAUCGUCAGCUGGUGCUUAAACCUCAGAGUCCUAGAUGGAUAUGUGAUUUCUCAGAAGGAAAGUUUGAAAGCUGAGUGGCUCUAUAGUCAAGGCAAGGGGAGAGCCUAUCGGCCUGGCCAGCACAUCCAGCUUGUCCAGUAUCUAGCCACAGUCUGUCCUCUCACUUCCACACUGGGUCUUCAAACUGCAGAGGAUGCUAAGCUUGAGAAGAUUCUGAGCAAGCAGAGGUUUCACCAGAGGCAGUUGAUGAACCAAAGCCAAAAUGAGGAGCUCUCUUGUCUUCCUCCUAUUGAAACAAGGGUACCAGAGCGUUCAAGCCCCAUUCAAGAUUGCCAGAUAGUCCAGGAAAGUGACCCUGUCAUCCAAGUCAAUUCUUGGGUUGGGAUAAGCAGUAAUGAUGAACAGUUAUAUGCCGUUAGGAGCAACUUUCCAGCCUCUGUGCACACGACAAGAUAUUCUCGAAAUGACCUGCACCUGGAAGACAUACAGACUGAUGAGGACAAGUUGAACUGUAGUCUUCUCUCUUCAGAGUCUACUUUUAUGCCAGUUGCAUCUGGACUCUCUCCAGUAUCACCUACAGUCGAGCUGAAGCUUCAAGGCCUAGCAGAUGAAUCGGUGAAAGAGCAGGAAGACCAGGACUUGGAUAAGGAAGAGGAAAAAGUUUUUUGGGCUGCAAAUGGGAAUUCCGUUCAGAUGAUGAAAAGUGUAGUCAGUGCAGAGGUAAAUGAGGAGGAUGGGCUGUUACCUUGUCCUGAGCCAACAGUAACCAGUGCUGUCUUGAAAGGUGACACCUGUAGUCUUACAUCUUUUUCUGAUUCAGUUGGACACAGUGUCUUUCAUACACAGCCAGACAGAGAAGAAAUUAUGCCUAAAACUGCUUCUGAGGAACUUCCCUGCACGACUUUAACCCAGAAGUCUGUUGCUUUGGGACAAGAUAAAGCUGCCCUUCAGAAAUUGAAUGAAGCAGCAACUACACUGCAGGCCUGUUGGCGGGGCUUUUAUGCCAGGAACUACAACCCACAAGUUAAAGACGUGCGUUAUGAAAUCCGGCUGCGUAGAAUGCAGGAGCACAUAGUCUGCCUCACUGAUGAGAUAAGGAGAUUAAGAAAAGAAAGAGAUGAAGAACGUAUUAAAAAUUUUGUACAAGAAGAGGCUGUCAGAUUCCUUUGGAACCAGGUAAGGUCUCUACAAGUUUGGCAACAGGCUGUAGACCAGCGUCUAAGUUCCUGGCACACCGACGUUCCUCCCGUAUCAAGUACUGUGGUGCCAACUGAACCUCCAUUAUUCACCCAAAGCCAGGAGCCAUCUUCUGAUCAAAGUUCUGAUGGGUUCAUUGUUCCUGAUGAAGCUCCUCAAGAGAAAUCCUCACCAGAAUUUCCAGACUCUGGUUUUCAUUCCUCCCUCAUAGAACAAGUUCACUGUUUGCAUGAUUCUUUGGAUUUUGAAAAAAGUUCCACAGAAAGCAGUGUUAGUUCUAUAAUGGGGAAUUCCGUUGACACAGUCAAAUAUUGCAAAGAGUCAGGUGUAGUGGAUGUUAGUGAAGAACAUAGUGAGCAGAGUAAGGAAAGCUCAAACAAUGAGCUGGAUAAUAAUCUACUUGAACAGUAUUUAACUUCAGUUCAAGAGCUAGAAGAUUCAGAGGAGAGGACAAAUUUUGCUGAAGGGGCAGGGGAUAGUAUGCUUCACAUAGCUCAUUCCCCUGAAAAGCUAGACGCCUUGUCUGACAGUGCUUCUGUCUGUGAUAGUCAUGGCUUAUCUCCUACUUUGCAAGAUGAAACCAGCCAGGCACCAGAGGAUUGUAAAUUGAAUACAGAAGUUCAAGGGCAGCAGUCAGAAUGUGAUUCUACAUUUCAGGUAUUGCAUGUUGGUAUUACUGUGUAGCAUGUCUGAUUGCUUCAGAAGCAGAAAUCCACUUAAGAAUAUUUCAGUUGCCUUUUCUUUUCUUUUUUUUUCAAAGGGUAAUGGGAAUAUUCCCCCCAACUUUGUUACUAUUUAUAUAAAAUGGUGUUCUUAUCUCAUAUUUUCCAUAUUCCAGAUUCCGAAGUCAAUCUUCAUUUUGAUUGGUUAGCCUUUUUACUUAGCUGUAAUGUACCAAACUAUUUAUAUUGGAAGCUGUAAGCACUUUAUUUCUUAACUGAAUUUCAUCAUCAUUGUUCCUGUUUUUUUAUGCAUUCAUUUCCUUUAAAAAGUAAACUAGAAUAUUUUAAAGAUAGAAAAAAUUACCCUAAAGAUACGAAUAAGACAAUUUGACUCCUGUGUAAAGAAACUGUAGUGAAGAAUGCAGUUGUGAAAGUAAAUAUAUAUGUAACAUAUGAGGAUUGUGAACUAUUGAAAUUCGCCAGCCUUUUUGGAGGAAGAACUUGUGUUUUUAAGCUUUUUUUCUCCCUUGAGUCACGGAAAGCCUUCUUACAAGCAAAUAGAGAGAGAAGGUAAGAUUAUAGGAUUUUUCUGUGGGGAUGAUUAAGUUGUCUCAUGCAAAACUUUAUCAUUUAUCAGUUUUAACAUAUGAAGCCAAGUGAUUCCAUCCAGAAUUAAAAUCAAGCUUAUUUAAAGAGGCAACAUAAGAAUAUUUCUCUUGGAUAAGAAAGCAAACACCAAGCUGCAUGCAUUUGGAAUACUGUCAUGGCAAACAUUUAUUAUCUUUUCAUUUUCUUUUUUGCCUCACAGAUAAGCAUUUGUGUGCCAAUAUAUUGCCAGAAAUUAAUGUGUAUUCAUCUUACAUUCCUGCUUUAUAUUUGCGAAGGUCCAUGGUCAUUUACUUCACUUUUGACCUCAGCCUCAUAAUGAAGAAGAAUAUUUAAAACAAUACUAGUGGUAGAAUAUGUUGACUUUUUUUUAAAAGGAUAAUUUUCUAUCUAAAUCUCUGAAAAAAAGUGCCACAUUUGGAACACAAUUUAAUGGUGAUUAAGAAAAAAUAAACCUCACUUAUCUUUAUCUGUUAAAAAGAAUAUGUAUCUGUAACUCCAGAAAAAAAUAAUAAUAAUACUGUGCUUGAAUAUUAAAGGUAGAUGUAUUUACAAGUAAUUUUGGAAGCUUGAUAUUUUAAUCUUUGAGAAUGUUCUAAUAUAACUGAACAAUACAUAUCUAAUUUUUCCCAAUCUGUGAAUAUACAACUAUUUAAAACUAUGGCAAUACUUAUGUAUUCUCUAAACUUAGGUGCUAAAUACCAUUUGUUAUUCUGUUACAGUCACUAGGUCCCCUUCUUUGAAGUUAUAUAAAAUAAAACCUUUUGAUCUUCAAGAGUAAGAUCAGGGAUCACAUGUAAUACUGUGUUGAUAGAAACAUUUCUCCAGUGUGGGUAAGAUGUAGUUUUCUCAGUUUAAAACUAUGUAGCACUCAGGUUAAGAAGACUUGAAUUUCAUCCUUAGAAAUUCAAAAUCUCUUGGGAAGGAAGUAUUUUCUGUCUCAUAAACUGAACAGCAGUCUUAUGUUCAAAAAUAUUUUUCUUAGUAAUUGGUAAUGUUGAAAGCAUGUUAAAUAGAAACAGAAUUUCUUGCUUUUUGAAUAAUGCUAAUUAUCUUUUCUGAAUUUUUUUUUAAUUUCUUCUUAAAUAUACCCUAUUUUUCUAUUUUACAGUUAAGUGCCUCCUUUGCUGCCCAUUGUUAGACACAGAAAAAUCAGCGUGCAUUGCACUAGUACCAAAAGUGCUGCUCCCUGCUGCAUUCCUUUCUCAUUAACGCCUCUAAAAUGUCCUGCUUCAGUAUUAUCUAAGUAGGUUUCUGCUGACUUUUUUUCUCUCUUCUUUUUUUUCAAAAAAUAGCAAAACAACUAAACUCAGCCCUGGUUGGCUGGCUCAGCUGGUUGGAGUGUGGUCCCCUACACCAAAAGGAUGCGGGUUCCAUCCGUGGCUGGGGCUUGUAUGGGAGGCAGCUGAUUCAUGUUUCUUUGUCUCUCCCUCUCUUUCUCUCAAAUCAAUAAACAUAUGUUCUUGGGUGAGGAUUUAAAAUAAAACUAAAUUCAUUUGAAUAUGAGCAUUUGUCAGUAAGAUUUCCUUUUUUACCUUUGCCUUCUUUUUCUAGUGUAUAAAUAGUAUUCGGUGUACUUUUAUUUUAAAAUUGGCAGAAUAUGAUAAUGAUUAAUAUUCUGCCCUUCAUUCUAUUUAAUUUUACUUGUGUGUUGAACUACGAGAAUGAUAAGUAGCCCCCUACCUUCACUGUACAGGUUAUCUUGAAUGUAGAUAAAAUGAAAAUAAUGUAAAUUAGAAUGCAGGGAAACUAUGGCAUAGAUUUUUAAUAUAUUUUAAUAGGUUUACAAUGUAAUUUAAAAUAAUUUAUGUAACUAAGAUACUUGGUUUUUAACUAUGGGUUAGUCAUAAGUCUAGCUAAAGAAGAAAUAGGUCUACUAAGGUUUGGGAAGUUGAGCUUUAACACAGCCUGUGUUUUUUCUUAGAAGACAGAUUUAGUUCAGCUGUGCUGUUUUAGUUCAUAUUUUGAUUUCUUGAAAAUUCAUUGUAUUAAGUGGAUAUUUCUGCAGAAGCAGAGAAUCAUACAAUGUGAGAAUUGGAAGAAAACUUAGAGGUUAUUCAUUCUAAGUUUUCUUAUGUCUUAAAGAUGAAAGUAAGUCAUAGGUUAAAUAACUUGACCAAUGUUAUAGCUGGUAAGUAGUAAAUAAACUGAAACUUAAAAUUUAUUGUGUUCCAAAAGUUUAUUGUACACUUUCUAUUAAUCUUUACAUUUAGCAAGUCAAUAAGAACAUCUCACAUGUUUUCCAUUCUCUUUGAAAGAGAACAAGAAUUUCUGUGAGCUAGAACUCCACCCCUCCAGGCAAAGUUGCUUGUAAAAAAACAAUUCAUUCAGAACUCUGAGUGAAUUUUCUCUAAGAAAUGUGAUUUGAUUGAAAUGUUUUUUAAAGAGUGAUAAUAGAAACAAAACAUUUAAUAACUGCAUUUUGGAGUCCAAUAAAUGGAUGACAAGUAUAACAGGUUAAUAAGAUCUAUAAAGUUUCGUAGUAAGAUGCCGAGUUUGAUUAUAUUUCAUCUCCAGUUUCACAGAACAGUAGAUGUUAAAGUUUUAACUCUCCUAUGCAGAAAGCUCUAAUUUUGACAGUUGAUAUAUAAAUAAUAUAGUUUGGUUUUAUAAGUUUAAUUACAAAAGGCUCAGAAUGUACAUGUUUUAGGAAAACCUCACAAGUAUUUGUGUAUAUACAAAUAGUUAUAUUCUUGAAUGAUGUGGAUUCCAUUCUUGAGUGGAUUUUUCUUUUGUGUUAUUUUAAAUAUACAAACACACUAUAAUACUGUAUUUUUUCAUUAUCUACCUAAGGCAAGCCUAGUUCCACUUUUUGUAAACAUCUUUAAAAACAACAUGGCCUGAAGAAAUUAUACUAUCUCCCUUGGUACCUUUUUGGUGCAAAUUCUUAGAAUUGGAUUUAUAACAAUAAUUUAAAAUUUGGGUUUUUUUUUUCUGGGGAAUUAAGACCUAGUAAAAAGGGAAAAUAUAAAAUGAGUCUGAUCAAUUUUCCAUUCAUAAGUGAAAAAAAAAGAGACUUUAUUUUCUAAUGUAUAUGUUUAUUUUGCCAUGUACCUUAGUAAGGGGUAUCUAUUAUAUUGUAACGUUUUAACUUUUAAAUAUAUGACCCCUUUCAUGAAGUAAAGCAGAAAGUAUUUGUAAGGAACAUUGUAAACAUUUUUAGUGUUACUGCUUUUACUGAUCAAAUUUAUUGUGCCAAAUUAAAAUUGAAAGUCGUAAAUAAAGUAGUCCUUACAGCCUGGAGAGAAACAAAAAAUUGUCUUUUUAAAAUGAGGUGCUUUUUAUUUGUGAAUUAAUGGAACUCACACUGUUUUGAUUCCAUAUUGAUUUUAGUGAAUAGCUAGCAGAAGUCCCUCUGCAGUGGCUGUGUUCAUUUUCUAAUUAAAUUUCUUUGAGUGUUUUGUGGUAAUUUUCAUGUUGACAACAAACAUUUAAAAAUAAUUUGAUUUGGGAUUCUUUUAGGCUUUUCUUUAAUAUUGUUGUAGACAUAGAUGAUUUCAAGUGGUUAUGGUCUAUUUUAUGAAGGUUUCGUAUUUUAUAUUGUACUUUGUAUUUGAGUCUCUAAUCCUAAAUAAAAAGUUUGUACAUUU